AUGGAUUCCAGCAAAUCGUUUCUCAUACGGGACAUACUGGGCGACUUGAUCAACGGCCGCGAUACUGACCCCACGAUUCGCCUUAUUACGUCCGAAUCGGAGGAUGAAGAAAACAGUGACAUCGAUAUCGAAGAUCGAUCCUCGCCGGACUCGAGCGUAAUGAGAGCGUACCAACCUUUCAUGGACGACCCCGGCAUCGAUGUUCCGCCCGAAACGUUGCACGAAUCAAUCCGACAGGUGUGCAGCGCGAGUAAUUUAUUAGGUCCCGCCACUUCAAACCUCCACACAGGAUUAAUCAUCAAAAACGGUCGCAAACCCAGGCGCCGCCGGACGGCCUUCACACAUGCCCAGCUGGCGUAUUUGGAGCGGAAAUUUAGGUGUCAGAAGUAUUUGUCGGUGGCAGACCGUAGCGAUGUGGCCGAUGCGUUGAAUCUGUCCGAAACACAGGUAAAAACAUGGUAUCAGAAUCGUCGGACCAAAUGGAAGCGCCAAAAUCAGCUCCGCCUCGAGCAGCUCCGGCACCAGGCGUCGCUGGAAAAGGACAUCAUCAAUGCCGCGACCGGUGCCGGCAUCCAGACCCACCAGCACCAGCAACAGUCCGACGCUGGCGUGGGGAGCGCCACGCUGCAGUGCUGCCCGCCCCAGUCGGCCCUGUCCGUCUCGUCGGCGUUCGUCGCCUCAAAUCCGUGCAACUUCCUGACGUCCGCGGCCGCAGCAGCGGCCAUCUUUCGCAACGUGAGCUACGCCCACGGCUGUCCCAUGUAG